UUCCUGUUACAAAAAUGAAAACAUUAGUUAUACAAAAUGUCCUAUCUUAACCCACCCAGCCAGAAAAAUGACUCUUGCAUGCUAGGCAUGCCUAUGUAUCACCGUGGCUAGGUCUGUUUAGAUAUUUCCAUGUUUGAAACUAAUCUUUUAGAUCCAUCAGAAUUUUGAUUCUACUAUGGAAUGAGAUAAAGAUGCAAAAGAAACAGAAAUUGAAGCUAUAUAUAUAUAUAUAUACUGUAUGUGGUAAUCAUUUUCAUUUCAUCAAUAUGUUGUUGGUAUCUAUUCAUUGAUAACAAGCUCUAUGUUUGAUUGGUGUUGCCUCAUUGUAAUGUUCUCACAUUUCAGUGGUUAAUUAGGUAGGAGGUGGAAAAAACCUUGUUAUAUUAGGAUUAAAUGUGACUGUUACAAUUUAACAGGUGGUGAAAUGAAUAUUAAGGUUGAUGUGAAUUACUUGAAACCUAAAGAACAGAAUAUGCAGACUGGCAUGUUGGCAACAGAGACUGUCAGAUACCAAGAGGUUAUACUGCCAAGGGUAUCUGCUACAUCAGCUGCAUCUGGAAGUGCGUCUUGUCCACAAACAGAAGAUCUCCACACUCAUAAAGAGGAAAUCUUUCUAUCAAUUAUUUUAAAUUAUUUCAAUGCCAUAAAGCCACAGUCUAUUGAAGAGUUCAAUAGGUUUAUGGAAUAUGCAGAAAAAAUGAGGCUCAUCAUUACUGGUGUCUCUAAAGGAAGUUUGGUGAUAACGGUGAGGUGUGAAUCUCUAAUGAUCUUGGAGGACUUGUGGACAGAUUACUCAUCUGGUCAUCUUGAUGAAGUGGUUCAGAAUUGUUUUGUAACUGAGGAGAUCUUGAAGGAACUGAACCUGGCUGAGCUGAGGCUGAAGACAACAA